AUGGCGAUUCCGGGCAGGCAGUAUGGGCUUAUUUUGCCAAAGAAAACACAGCAGUUGCAACCUGUUUUGCAAAAGCCAUCAGUGUUUGGGAAUGAUUCUGAUGAUGAGGAGGAGACUUCUGUAAGUGAAAGCCUUCAGAGGGAAGCUGCUAAAAAGCAAGCAAUGAAACAGACCAAACUGGAAAUCCAAAAGGCCCUCGCAGAAGAUGCUACUGUGUAUGAAUAUGACAGUAUUUAUGAUGAAAUGCAGAAAAAAAAGGAAGAAAGUAAUCCCAAAUUGCUGUUGGGAAAAGAUCGAAAGCCCAAGUACAUUCACAACUUAUUAAAAGCAGUUGAGAUCAGGAAAAAGGAACAAGAAAAAAGAAUGGAGAAGAAAAUUCAGAGAGAACGAGAAAUGGAAAAGGGAGAAUUUGAUGAUAAAGAGGCAUUUGUGACAUCUGCAUAUAAAAAAAAGCUUCAGGAGAGAGCAGAAGAGGAAGAAAGAGAAAAGAGAGCUGCUGCACUUGAAGCACGUUUGGAUGUAACCAAGCAAAAAGACCUCAGUGGAUUUUAUAGGCAUUUAUUAAAUCAAACAGUUGGUGAAGAGGAAUUACCCCAAAGCAGCUUUCGAGAAGCCAGGUCUGGGAUAAAGGAAGAGAAGUCAAGAGGUUAUUCUGAUGAAGUGAAUUCAGAGAGCACAGGACCAGAUGAUAAAUCCAGUCUCCAAAUUGCUAUAAAGACAGAGAAAAACCCAGAUGCAGACAGUGACUUUGAUGCUGAUAGUAGUGAGGACGAAGAAAAUCAUAGCAUGAGGAAAACAACGGGGAAAAGCACAGAAUCCUCUGAGAAUGACCCUGCACAUCACAGGACUCAAACCCGCUCACGGUCAUCUAGUGAAGAAAGAGGACACAGUGCCAGACAUCAUGCUAAAAGUUCCAAGUCAAGAGAAUAUGAGAAAAGGGAAGAUCAGCAUCAACAAAGACAGUCUCGGCACCAGGAGAAGUAUCACACUGACCGUGAUCAUCGAAAAGAAAAGGAUUCCCAUAGAGAGGUCAGUCAUGGAGACUCACACUGGAAGAGGCAUGAACAUGAAGGUAAACCCAGGGGAAAGGACCAAAGCGAAAGACAUGACAGAGAACGGAAAAGGGAGAAAUAUAUCCCAAGAGAACAUGAGAGAGACAGACAGCUAAAUGAUCAUACUCGACGCAGUGAGAAAGAAGAGAAAAGUAAACCAAAGGAAGAGCAUGUGAAAGGAAGAAAAGAAAGAGAUGAAAAUAGUGAUAAAUUCAGAGAUAGGGGAAGACAAGAAGCAAGUAUUCAAUCAUCAGAAAGAAAUCGAAACAGGAAGGAAAGUAGCCCAAGCCUCAGAGGAAAAGACCGUUUGCUUGACCAGGAAAAAUCCACCAAGAUGGAAGAGGACAAAGAAAGGAACGAGGAGAGACCCUCCAGUCCUGAAACUUCACUUGGAAUAAAACACAGAAUCACCGAGGAAGGGCAGGAAAAGGGCAGAGAACAGGUGAGAUUGCCUGAGCCAGUGAGCAAAUUUGCAAAGCGAAGCAGUGAAGAGACGGUUAUGUCCGCUAGAGAAAGGUACCUGGCCAGGCAGAUGGCACGGGUUAAUACAAAGACCUACAUUGAAAAAGAAGAUGACUGA